GGGCACCGGGAGUCUGCCGGCAGUAGUUUAAGCGCGCAGAGGAGGAGAGCGGGUUCCGGGAGGUCUUUCGGGCCGGCGCGAGGGAGCUGCAGGUGGGACCGUUACCCGCCCGGCACCUGAGAGCGAGCGGGGCGGCCGGAAAGGAAGCGUGCCUGCGCACCAUGAUCCCCUUGGAGAAGCCGGGCAGCCGCGGCUCCCCCUCGGCAGCCGCCUCAGGGGCGGGCCGGAGUCUGGGCGCGCCGCGCCGGCCGCCGCCCCCACCCCAGGCCCGCGGGCUGCUGACGGAGAUCCGCACCGCCGUGCGCACCGAGCCCUUCCAGGACGGCUACAGCCUCAGCCCGGGCCGAGAGCUGGGCAGGGGGAAAUUUGCAGUGGUGAGGAAAUGUAUAAAGAAAGAUUCUGGAAAAGAAUUUGCAGCAAAGUUCAUGAGAAAAAGAAGAAAAGGCCAAGAUUGUCGAAUGGAAAUAAUUCAUGAGAUUGCUGUUCUUGAACUAGCACAGGAUAAUCCUUGGGUCAUUAAUUUACAUGAAGUCUAUGAAACUCCAUCAGAAAUGAUUUUAGUUCUGGAAUAUGCUGCUGGGGGUGAAAUCUUUGACCAGUGUGUUGCAGACAGAGAAGACGCCUUUAAAGAAAAAGAUGUUCAAAGACUCAUGAGGCAGAUAUUAGAAGGUGUUCGCUUUUUACAUGCUCAUAAUGUAGUACAUCUUGAUCUGAAGCCUCAGAAUAUUCUGCUGACAAGUGAAUCUCCACUGGGUGACAUUAAGAUAGUUGAUUUUGGUCUUUCAAGAAUAAUGAAGAACAGUGAAGAGCUCCGAGAAAUUAUGGGUACUCCUGAAUAUGUGGCUCCUGAAAUUCUUAGUUAUGAUCCUAUCAGCAUGGCAACAGAUAUGUGGAGCAUUGGAGUGUUAACAUACGUCAUGCUUACGGGAGUAUCGCCUUUCUUAGGUGAUGAUAAACAAGAAACGUUCCUAAACAUCUCUCAGAUGAACUUAAGCUAUUCUGAGGAAGAAUUUGAUGUUGUGUCUGAGUCUGCUAUUAACUUCAUUAAGACACUUUUAGUUAAGAAACCUGAUGUAAAAUGUGUAUCUUUUUAUAGACAUCGAGCCACAGCUGAAGAAUGUCUAAAGCAUCCGUGGUUGACAGAGAGCAGUAUUCAGGAUCCUUCUUUCAAGGUGAAAGGGACAUUAGAAGAAGCAAAUGCACUCCAAGAAGGUGAUUCUGUGCCUGAAAUUAAUUCAGAUACUCAGAAACCAGAAACCGAGGAAUCAGUUGUAACAGAGGAGUUAAUUGUAUUUACUUCAUAUACUUUAGGACAAUGCAGACAGUCUGAAAAAGAGAAAAUGGAGCAAAAGGCCAUUUCCAAACGAUUUAAAUUUGAGGAACCUUUGCUACAAGAAAUUCCAGGAGAAUUUAUCUACUGAGCAAUACUUCCCUUUAGAACUUUAAGAUUUCUACAUUGAAAACAUUAAUAUUAUUUAUGGACUUCUGGCCAAAUGGUACAUGUACUGAAAGUGGACAAACCAGGUAUCACUGAUAGAAAAAAAAACUAAAAUUACUUUGUCAAACUUGUGGAUUUAGAUAUAUCAAGACAGAUUUAUAAAGUUGCCAACCAGGAGUUUUAACGGGUAAAGUUAUCUGUGUCAAUGUUAUUUUUAAGAAGGGAGAUGUUUGAACCUUUUAUUUCUAAAUCCUAUUUCUCCAGAAUGAAAAUUUGUUAUGCAAAGAUAAUCUGUAUUUACUUUCUUUAAAAAUCGAAGUAAAAGUGCCAAAUUAACAUCUUUGUAAAUCUAUUUGCAUUAUUCUUGUGUAUCUAUAUAUGCAUAUAUGUAUUGAUAUCUUUACUAAAAUUGAUACUUUUUCACUUUGGAUUUUUUUGGAGGAGUAAGAUUUUAAUUAGGUAUCUUUCAAAUUUUGAGACCUAGAAUAACAUCCAUGAUAGUUUAAUAAUGUCUUAUUUUUAUAUUUUAUUACUGCUUUGUAUUGACUUGAUUUGACUUCUUUUGUCUUUGUUUUUGCCUAAUGCUUAUAACCUAUCAGUGAAAACCCUUGCUCAUUUUUUUUUUCUCUUCAACGUCACUAAUAAGAGUGGUGUUGAUUUUUCACCUCCCAUUAUUCUGGUUUUAAGGUCAAGGUAGAUUAAGUAAUCCUGUAAUAUUAAACCAGCGUUGGCUUCUCGGCUGUUUCCCUCCUCACACCUUACGUGUUUACCCCCUUUCAUAAGGCUGUCCCCUGCCACCACCUCACAUGCUUAUCACCUAAUUUUGGUCACUUGCAAGUGUCAGUGUGAUCUGAUCAACAUGAUGGUUGCUUUGGUCAAUGCAAAGACGCUGUUGUAUUGUUUUUGUUAACAAAAUCCCCCAGAGAGGGGUAAGACUGGAAGCAUAUUCAUCUUGGCCAUCGAAUCUCUAUUUCUGUUGAGUUUAUUAGACCUCAGAUUGUAUUAGGAAAAGUUCUAAAAUGCCAAAAUAUUUAUAAACUUUUAUUUUGUUCAUAAAAAAUUUGACAUUGGAUACUUUGUCAUUAGGGAGGAAGCCUUGUUCCCUAAAGAUAUAUAAAAAUAUACUCAGUAGAAUUUAAUUUGAUUGGGAUUGAACACUUCAACUGUAAGUAGUCCCCACAGUGAAUAGUAAAUUCUUAUUUAAAAACAUGGAAAUGUAGGGGCGCAUGGGUGGUUCAGUCGGCUGAGCGUCCGACUUUGGCUCAGGUCAUGAUCUCACAGCUUGUGGGUUCGAGCCCCGCAUCGGGCUGUGUGCUGACAGCUCAGAGCCUGCUUCAGAUUCUGUGCCUCCCUCUCUCUCUGCCCCUCCCCCACUUGUGCCAUGUCUCUCAAAAAUAAACACUAAAAAAAUUUUUUUAAAUGGAAAUGUAAAAGUGUACACUGUGUAACUUGAAGCAACUAAAUCUCUUUUUCACACAAAGUCUUAGUAGUGUCCUUAUUUAUCAAAGUUAGGCUCAGGGCGUUAGAUGCUCGUGAAUGCAGUUGGUCUUUCCCACGUGUACUUUGUGCACACGCCAGGCUUGUGCUGUGCACUGUGCCCUAUACUGUGUACAAUUCAGACCAGUCCCUUUGCAGGCUGCUCUUUGGAAGUCACAUGAUGCUCUCUUCCUAGCAUGGGUUCUCAGAUGUCACAUCCUGACAGUGGCAGCACCUCACCACCCGUUUCAGGUGUGUGCGGAGUUCAGUGUUAGACAUUUACCCCGUGGUCUGUAGUCACACCCAGCCCUGCUGGGCAGGUGCAGGGGCACCAGCAGAUGAGAUUGCUUAGGCAGUUCCAUACAUCAGGUUGCACUAUUUUCUCAUUAAAUUGGCUUUAUUUACACAGUUUCUAAAUAAGUUCUAGAAGGAGGAAGAGGAAAUUAUGCCAUAGUGGCAGGGUUUU